AUGUCAAGAAUACAACAAGGAAUUGCCAGAGAACAUCCUGAAUGGAUUUUACCAAGAUUAUGUCAACAAAAUGCGAAUAAAACUGGUAUCUAUGCAGCAAUUGCAGUAGGUAUUAUUACAUUACCGUUAGCUCGUCGAUUUGGGUUUGAUAAGAACCAAUCCUUAUUCUCUGCAUUAAGUAAGUUAUACAUUCUAUCAACAGUUUAUUCAUACAAAUGA